AUGGACGAUAGCUCAGAUGACGAGGACGAGGAUAUAGAGUUUGAGGAUGUGGAAACAAAUCCCGUACCAGCUCCGUCUGGCUUGCCUUCAGGUGAUCUCGAAUUGACCUUGACGAGAGACACUCGAGUCUCGAUCACGAAUCCGUUUGGGACGAAGAAGGGACCAAGCAAAAUCGAGAGGCAAAUACGAAUAUCUACACAUCAAGUCCACGUGCAACUGUUGAUGUUCCAUAAUGCGAUUCGCAAUUCGUGGUGCUGCGACAAGGAGUUGCAGGAGAUACUGUUGAGGCAGCUACCCCCGGCCAUUGAGGAACAGGUUGAGAGAUGGAGAAGGAAUAACGGGCUUAUGAGAAAGAAGGACGAAGUUAUUAAGGGGAAAGGAAAAGGCAAGGCAAAGGAUCCAAAGGGGAAGAGUGCAGAUGCACAUAGAGGAAGAGAAUGGGAUCAGCCUGCUGCCAUCGUCAAGGAUGAUGAAGUAGACAUGAAAGGCGGCGACCGGCGGCUAUUCGGAUUGAUGAAAUUGCUGGUGAGCUACUGGAAAGCCCGAUUCAAGAUUACUUCUCCUGGACUACGCAAGCUCGGAUAUAUGUCUCUGCAAACACUCGAUGAGGAGUCGAAAAGCUUUCGGGAAGACGAGCACGAUCCUGAGCGGCACGGCGAAAGAAUACGGGAUAUUGGAGAGUUUAGGGAUCAUGCAAAGGCUAUGGAAGGCAGUCGAGAUGUAUCUGCACAACUCUUCACUGCCUUGUUACGAGGGGUGGGCAUGGAAGCAAGAUUAGUCGCCAACCUACAACCAGUGGGUUUCGGAUGGAGCCAGACUGAAGAGGCUUUCGAGGAAAAUCCUCGAAAGUUGGGGAAGACUAAGUCGCCAGCAAGACUUGAUCCUAUUUUUUCUGACGAGGACGAUUCUGGUAGUGACGAGGCCGCACCAAAGCCAGCUCCAAAAGGCAAAGGAAAGGGGACAUCGAAGAAGGGAAAGGCUGCGAAGUCUAACACCAACCACGGGAGGAAGCCUGGUAGUCGCCAUUCCCGAGGGAGUGGACUCAAAGAUGCUCCGAUAAACUUUUCAGAUUCUGAGGAAGAUGCUGUUGAAAGCGACGACUCUGUCAUAGAUGUUACACUUCCGAAGAAACGUAUCCUACCUUCAUUACCAUAUGACAAGGACUUACCGUUUCCCCAUUACUGGACAGAGGUUCUAUCUCCGAUUACAAAUACUUACACGCCAGUCGACCCUGUCGUUCUCGUUGUCAUAGGGGAUAAUCAAGCAAACCUUGCGAGAUUUGAGACUCGAGGCACGAAAUCCGAAAAGGCGAAACAAGUGACUGCCUAUAUCGUAGGACACUCCCCUGAUGGUACGGCAAAGGAUGUGACGACGCGAUAUCUCAAACAACAUCAGUGGCCCGGAAGGACAAAGCGGUUUCGAUUUCCAAUCGAGAAGGUUCCAGUAUAUAAUAGAAAAGGUAAGGUUGCAAGGUAUGAAGAGAAGGACUGGUUCAAAACAGUCAUAAGUGGAUACGUUCGAGGUACGAGAAAGUGCCCACGAACAGAGAUCGAUGAUCAUGAAGAUGCGACCGACCUGAAGCGUAAGAAGGCUGAAAAGAAAGUGGUUGAGGAGGGCAAAGAAACACUCCAGUCCUACAAGUCGUCCGAGGAGUUUGUACUCGAGCGUCAUCUGAGAAGAGAAGAGGCUCUGGUCCGAAGCGCGAAACAUGUCAAGACGUUCACGGUCAAAGGGAAGGGUGAGGAUGCGACUGAGGAGAAGGUUUUUCUUCGCAGAGAUGUCGUGAAUUGCAAAAGCAUGGAGACAUGGCACAAGGAAGGUCGAGCUCCCAAGCCUGGUGAAGAGCCCCUGAAGCGCGUUCCCUAUCGAGCAGCCACUACAAAUCGCAAGCGUGAACUUGCGGAGGCAGAGAAUGCCAGCGGCGAGAAGAUGCUUCAAGGACUAUACAGUAUGGAGCAAACUGAUUGGAUCAUUCCCCCUCCUAUUGAGAAUGGAAUUAUACCCAAGAACUCUUUCGGCAAUAUCGAUCUUUACGUUGAUAGCAUGCUUCCCGAAGGUGCUGUUCAUAUUCCUAUGCGCGGAACCAUGAAGAUAUGCAAGCGUCUGGAAAUUGAUUAUGCGGAGGCAGUUACCGGGUUUGAGUUCGGUCACCGCAUGGCAGUGCCCAUUAUCAGUGGAGUCGUGGUUGCAGAAGAAAAUUAUGAGGCCGUCAUGGAUGAAUGGCAAAAGGAUGAAGCAGAGAGAGUGAGAAAGGAGGACGAAAAACGAAGAAAGGCAGCGAUAUUCGCGGGCAAGGAGGUCGAUGCCGAUGCCGAUGCUGAUGCUGAAGCCCAGAAAAUAAUAAUGGACAAGAGAGAUGAGGAAAUGGCUGGUGGAUUUCUGCCCGACGGCUUCAACGUCGAGGAACCGGAAGAGAAACAUCAUCGGAGUUUCUUCCCUGUUGCUCAUGAAGGUGACGAUGAGGAGGGUGGUGGUGGGUUCGUUGUCGAG